AUGCGUGAACGCAAUAGGCACAUGAGAAGAUUUGCUGCCAAUGCAACAAAUGGACGGUUUGAUGCACUUCUCGCGAAAAGGGAUGUUGACAAUAUUAAGAGGGAUGUAAAUCCUUCAGCCUAUCAGCAUGCAGAGACAUGUGACAAACUUGAAGAACGCCCACUACCUUCCUAUGAGCCCAAGCACCAACAUAACCGGAACACAGUUUUCCUUGAUGACACCAACUGA